AUGUCUGAAGCCCUCAAAGCUCUUGCGGCAUUGACUCCGGCACAGCUGGACAUGUACGGGCUGAGCGUGUUUGGGCAGAACCCGGCAGCGGCCUUUUCGCCCUAUAUCCUAGCGCAAAUCUACGUUGUGCUUUUCAACAUCGGGACGAGCAUCUUUCUCAUCGCCUGGAACUUUGACUCGUUCGUCUACAAUUUUGGCCGGUACAGGUGA